GGUCUUAGUGGAGGGCUGAGCAGUACACGCCAGUGUUUGGAGAGCAGCUGGAGGCGGCGGAUACAGAAACUCAGCCAUGAGUUUGUCGCUGUUCUGGGUCUGUAACGCGGAGCUGUGAAGCCUGGUAAGACCCUCACAGUGGGAGGGAGCAGCAGGACCCCCAGUCCUCUCCAGCAGAAAUCCGGAAGACUCGCCUGGAGAGCAGGGCGGGCGGUGAUGGACGCGCUUUGCUGAACUCUCCUCUUCAGAACUCGGUCAGCAUGGACUCAGUAAGCCUUGCUUGUUGGUGCAUCGCAUGCCUCUGUCUCCUGUGGAGGAGUGCAGCAGAUCAGCCCAGACUUACAGAUCACCUACAUUUAGGGAGCGGGCUGUCAGAGCUGUGUGAGAUUGAUAAAGUCCUGUGUCAGGAUGAGAACUCUGUGCUGACUUUCGAGGCCCUUCGCAGCAUCCACAAAGACAUGGAUGAUGACAAAGAUGGCAGUGUGGAUGUAACCGAGACGGAUGAGUUUCUCAGACAGGAUCUGAAGUCCAAUGAUCCCAAGGCAAAACACAAGAGUUUCCAUAGGACUGACCUGCUGAUCACUGUGGAGGACAUGUGGAACACCUGGAAGGCCUCAGAAGUGUAUAACUGGAGUGUGGAAGAGGUUGAAGGGUGGCUCAUCAACUACGUGGAGCUCUCCCAAUAUGUUGAAUCCUUCAGGAAGAAUGAAAUCAGUGGAAAGGCCUUACCCAGGCUGGCUGUGAAGAAUGCCACCCUGUCGCUGUCGGUGCUGAAGAUCCUGGACCGUACUCACGCUCAGAAACUUCAGCUCAAGGCUCUGGAUACGGUGCUGUUUGGCCCUCCGAUGAGCAGACACAGCCACCUGAAGGACGCUGUGCUGGUGCUGUCCAUUGUGAUCGGUGUGGCCGGGUGCUGGUUUGCAUACAUUCAGAACCGCAACUCGAGGGACCACAUGAGCAAGAUGAUGAAGGACCUCGAGGGCCUGCAGAGAGCUGAGCAGAGCCUGCUGGAUAUGCAGCAAAAGCUGCAGAUAGCACAGGAGGAGCAUCACUCAGUAAAAGUGGAGAAGGUUCAUCUGGAGCAGAAGUUGAGAGAUGAGAUAGAUUCAGCUAAGCAGGAGGCUCAAAGGCUGCGGGAGCUGCGGGAGGGAACUGAGAACGAGCUGAGCCGCCAAAAAUACGCUGAAGAGGAGCUGGAACAGGUACGCACAGCUCUGAAGAAGGCAGAGCUGGAGUCCAGAAGGUCCUGGUCUCCUCCUGAACCUCUGCAGAAGUGGCUGCAGCUCACGCACGAGGUGGAGGUACAAUAUUACAACAUAAAGAAACAGUGUGCUGAGAAACAGCUGCUGAUGGCUAAAGAAGGGGCAGAGAAGAUCAAGAAGAAGAGAGGUACACUCUUUGGAACAUUCCACGUGGCUCACAGCUCUUCACUGGACGAUGUUGAUCACAAAAUUUUGUCAGCAAAACAGGCUCUGGGUGAGGUGACGGCGGCUCUGAGGGAGAAGCUGUAUCGCUGGCAGCAGAUUGAGUCUCUCACAGGUUUGACUCUGGUGAAUAACCCGGGCAUGUCCUCUCUGGCCUCCGCACUCAACCUGGACCCUGCCUUCCUGGGCAUCCGCCCUGCCACCCCUCAGAACCUGCUGCUGUCUGAUGACCUGGACGACAUGGACGAGGACAUACUGUCUCCUGGAACGCUGCGCUAUGCCGCCUGGCAGAUGGACCGGCGGGUGAGCGACCUUUGGCCUGUGGCCUCUGACAGCCAGUCCCUGUGGAAGUAUUCUGCUCCUAGUAUGAUGUCUCUGCGGCCGCGGCUCGGAGACCCCGCACUGACUCUCAGCUCUCAGAGGUUGGUAGAGGGGGGUCAGAAUGAAGCGGGACCCCAGAGUGCCCCUCGGGUCCCAAGCCGCCCAUACGCACGCCAGGCUCGCAGCCACUCCAUAGGCCACCUGGAGUUCCGGCCCAUGCCCACCCUCUCCUCUUCUCUUUCUCAUCCCUCCAUCAUCUGCACUCCUGCUCCUGCCCUCCUGCAGUCGCUUUCUUCUUCCUCCGGCUCUCGUUUCUCUGGUUUGCUCUACCGUUCCUCCCAGUGCCCGUCUGUGGAGGCAGUGUCCAGCCUGCCUCCCACUGGCUUUAGUGCUGCACGUGCCCGGCAAAGAGCCAGCAGCAUCGGGGAUCUGAACCGGUCUGACUCGGACUCCUCACUGUCCAUGUCUCAGUAUGGUGAGGUUCAGCGUUCAUCCCAUACGCUUGGCAGCAGGUCUGUGCUCUCCAAGCCUAACGGUGCAGGAGGCAGCAUGGGGGACAGUCCGCUGUUCCAGAAGAAGCUGUACAGUAUGGAGAAAUGUGCAAGCCUAGGAGAAAUUCACACCCAGUCCUGCGGCCUGAAGCCAGCCGAGUCCACUCGUUCACUUAGCCCCACCAGCAACGAUUUAGAUGCGUCAUUAGUGGCAGGAACAAAAAGCAGUGGCCGCUCUCCACAGCUCCACAGCAGGAGGAGCCCUGGGGAUGAGGACAGUGGCUCAACUGGAGAAGAACUGGAGGCCUCCAGCACCAGCCGCAAGAAACCCACCUUUCCCAGAAUCUUCAACAAGCACAAGCACAAGAAAUAAGGUUUAAAAAGUGCUUCUAGAAGCUUCACCACAGUAUAAAAUUAACAGAAAAAGCAUAAAACAUGAAGUGUACAGUCACCAGUGGAAGGACUAUAUCCUUUAAAAGACAUCGGUACUGUCUAUAUAGGUCUAAGGGAGCAUCUACUGUAUGAUUUUUAUGAAUAUAUACAGAUUUUAUUUUUGGUUUAUAGAGUGAUUGUUGGCUAAUGGGAACAGACAGGUUAGUGUGUGGAUGUGUGAUCUUGUGUAAAAAAAUAUUUAUUGUGCAGAUUAGAGGCACACGUUGAUAUCUCCAUUUUAAACAAUUUUAUGUUUUUCUUUACAUUUUCAUACAAGUUUUUUGUGCUUUCCAUCGAUAUGCCUGGAUACACUGAGGAGAUAUGAUAUACAGAAAUAUUUCUAUCAAUAACAAAACAGCAUAAAUCAGCAGCUGAUUCAGCUUAAUGAACAUAACUUGUAAAGGCAAACUACUGUGAUCUGUUUUGUUCCAUAUUGCAGCCUGAUACAGACAGAUGGAUCUCUUCAGUGUUGAUUGAUAUAUUUUUAUUAAAUGCAUGAACACAAAUACCCCACAAA